GGGUUGGGCGUUGCGGCGGAGUCGGGCGGGAGGAGGCGCGGCCGCCACCUGAGGGAGGGAACGAGCGGAGCCGAGCGGCGGGAGCCGGCGCUGAGGUAAAACGGCGGGAGCCGGCGCUGAGGUAACGUUGGGAGCCGGCGCUGAGCCACCUGACAGAGGAAGAAUGUAACCCGGCUGCUGUUCUACCAGGAUGGAGUCAAUUGUGUGGGAAUGUGGCUAAACAUCCUAAUACCGUACCCUAAUGCAUGGUGGUCAAGCAGGAUGCCUCAUAGGUCUGUCUCAAAUGUGUCAUCUUCAGGACUGAGCGAACAAUGCUGAACACUGAGAGCUUCCCAGUAUUGAAGAACCUCCACCAGGACUGCACAUACUGCUGUUGAAGCAAAAUCAAGAGGCAGGAGAAGAGCUGAAAGAGUUUUCUGGCUGGGCUCAGGAACCGGCCCCAUUGACAGCGUGGAAGGAUGGCUGUGAGCUGGAUGUUGUGCUGCUUUUGGCUAUUGGAUGUUCUGGUGGGCUGCACAAGAGGGCACAGUUUAUUUUCUUGUGAGCCCAUCAUCCUGAGGAUGUGCCAGGAUCUGCCUUACAACACCACCUUCAUGCCUAACCUUCUGAAUCACUAUGACCAGCAGACAGCAGCGUUAGCAAUGGAGCCAUUUCAUCCGAUGGUGAAUUUGGAAUGUUCCAGAGAUUUUCGACCAUUUCUUUGUGCCCUCUACGCUCCCGUGUGCAUGGAGUAUGGCCGUGUCACUUUGCCAUGUCGCAGGCUCUGUCAAAGAGCGUACAGUGAAUGCUCCAAACUCAUGGAGAUGUUUGGAGUCUCUUGGCCUGAGGAUAUGGAGUGUACAAGAUUCCCGGAUUGUGAUGAGCCGUAUCCUCGUCUUGUUGACCUCAGUUUGGGUGGGGAGCCCACAGAAGAGGCCCCUAUGGCAGUACAGAGGGAUUAUGGUUUUUGGUGUCCUCGAGAGUUGAAAAUAGACCCUGAUCUGGGUUACUCUUUCCUGAGGGUACGGGACUGUUCCCCUCCUUGCCCAAAUAUGUACUUCCGACGUGAAGAGCUCUCCUUUGCUCGCUACUUCAUCGGAGUGAUCUCCAUCGUCUGCCUUUCUGCUACCUUGUUUACUUUUUUAACUUUCCUGAUCGAUGUCACAAGAUUCCGCUAUCCCGAAAGACCGAUAAUAUUUUACGCCGUCUGUUACAUGAUGGUGUCGUUAAUCUUCUUCAUUGGCUUUCUGCUUGAAGACCGAGUAGCGUGUAAUGCAUCUAGUCCUGCCCAGUACAAGGCUUCUACGGUGACACAGGGCUCGCACAACAAAGCCUGUACCAUGCUUUUCAUGGUGCUCUAUUUCUUUACCAUGGCUGGAAGUGUUUGGUGGGUCAUCCUGACCAUCACGUGGUUCUUGGCAGCUGUGCCAAAAUGGGGCAGUGAAGCAAUCGAGAAGAAAGCGUUGCUCUUCCACGCCAGUGCCUGGGGCAUUCCAGGAACUCUAACCAUCGUCCUCUUAGCAAUGAAUAAAAUUGAAGGUGACAAUAUUAGCGGCGUAUGUUUUGUUGGCCUCUAUGAUGUGGAUGCAUUAAGAUACUUUGUACUUGCACCCCUCUGCCUGUAUGUUGUUGUUGGAGUUUCCCUUCUGCUAGCUGGCAUUAUCUCUCUCAAUCGGGUUCGCAUUGAAAUCCCAUUAGAAAAAGAGAACCAGGACAAGCUAGUGAAGUUCAUGAUCCGGAUUGGCGUGUUCAGUGUACUGUACCUCGUGCCACUGUUGGUUGUAAUUGGCUGCUAUUUCUAUGAGCAGGCUUAUCGAGGUGUGUGGGAGACGACGUGGAUUCAAGAACGCUGCAGGGAAUAUCACAUCCCGUGUCCCUACCAGGUCACUCAGAUGAGUCGUCCAGAUCUGAUCCUGUUUCUCAUGAAAUAUCUCAUGGCUUUGGUAGUUGGGAUACCCUCUGUCUUCUGGGUUGGAAGCAAGAAGACCUGUUUUGAGUGGGCCAGCUUCUUCCAUGGGCGCAGGAAAAAAGAAGUUGUCAACGAGAGCCGUCAGGUGCUGCAAGAGCCGGAUUUCGCUCAGUCUCUUCUGCGGGAUCCCAACACACCCAUCAUCCGCAAGUCCAGGGGCACCUCCACCCAGGGCACCUCCACCCACGCCUCCUCCACCCAGCUGGCCAUGCUGGACGACCAGAGGAGCAAGGCAGGCAGCGUGCACAGCAAAGUGAGCAGCUACCACGGCAGCCUGCACCGCUCACGCGACGGCCGAUACACCCCCUGCAGCUACAGAGGCAUCGAGGAGAGGCUCCCUCACGGCAGCAUGUCCCGGCUCACAGACCACUCCAGGCACAGCAGCUCCCAUCGGCUCAACGAGCAGUCGCGCCACAGCAGCAUCAGGGACCUGAGCAGCAACCCCCUGACACACAUCACACACGGCACCAGCAUGAACCGCGUCAUCGAGGAGGACGGGACCAGUGCGUGACCCGUGCCAUGCUGCUCAGUUCUGCCGCGCCUCUGGGCAGCUCCUGCUUUCGUGCAUCAGGAAGCCGAGGCCGGCUUCUCUGUGUGAAGCCACCGUUCUCAUGCCUGCAUCAGAGCUGGCGCUCAGCAAGCUUGAGUCACUGAGCACCAAGCUGCUCGCCUCGUUUGGGCCUCCCUGUAGGUAAUUAUUUAUUUGAUAACUGUUACUUACCCAUCAGCCAUCACUGCUCAAUUCCUUACUCUUGAAGAAGAGCCUUCCCCUCCCUCCGAUGUGUCUUCACAUCAGCAGGUGCCACCACGGACGGCUCGCUGGCAGUCACACCGACGUGUUUUCUAAUGGGCAUCUAAUGGGCAAGGAAACCCUUGGAUAUUGAAGGAAUCUCUCCAUGUCUCUGAGCCCAUAACAAAGCGAUCCUUGAUUUCACAGAGGGAGGGGCCCAGACUCAGUGCUGCACAAAGGACGGCGGGGAGAUCGCGGCAGUUUGUAACAGAUAACACUGGAAAUGCAACAGAGGAACAGCUUUGGGAGCAGGCAGGAGAUGGCUGAGGGUCGCCAGCUCCUCCCAGGGCUGCUCAGGCUCAGCUGUGGGGAUGGGUGGAGGGGGGAGGAAAGGAGGCAAGGAAGGGCUCUUUUUGUAUAACUUGCAUUGUCCUUGCUGGUUGGUUUUGUUUUUGGUUUUUUUUUACAAAAUACUAUUUAAAUUUUCUACUUGUUUACAAUUCAUGUAGGAAGAGAGGAAUUUUAAAAGCAGUUAUCUAGAUAAUAUUCAGCCACUUAUGUUUAGAUUAAUGUACAAAAGCUGAGAUCGUCCGUUCCCGAUCUAUUUAAAAAGGGAAAGAGCCGAAUUUGUCCCCCCACAGCGGGCUGGGCAGCCUUGUCACCAACAGAACAAACCCCACUGACCAACCCACAGAGCAGCUGAGGGCUGAAAUGGCUGCAAGGGCUCCCUCAGGGCUGGGCUGUGUUCCCGGGGCCUGGCUCUGACAUUGGGGCACAGCACUGAGCCCAACCCUCCUUGCUGCUGGAGGAGCAGGCAGGUAUCCGUGCUUUCCCGAUCAACCUCUACUCCAGGUUGUUUUCAUUCCCUACCAUAGGUUCACAGCAGAGAAUUCCCAGUUUGGGCUUUUAUGGUGUGUGAAUGGUUUGUGGGUACAGCAGGUCUGUGCUGGCACAGUAGGCAGAGGUCAGGCUGCCUUCCUGAUGGCACAGCUGAUCUUUGGAGGCGUUUGCUGUCAGAUCCGCUCAGCACGAGCAGCACUGGCUGCACCUAAACCUACCUCAGUAAUGACUGCAGAUCACUGCUGGGAUACCAAUGCCUGUUUUUCAUUGUCCUUACAUAAUUCCCUCCUUCUCCUGCUUGAGGCACUUGAAAAGCCUCCAUAACGUGUUUAGAUGGCACAGCCUGGAGGGCAGCAAUAGGGCACCAAGCACAGUGCAGAGAUGGAGCAGCGCUGCCAUGACUCACCUAAUUGCAGCUGAUGACACAACAGCAGAGCAGUGGCCGUGCACUCUGUCAUGGGCUGCUCUGGGACUCGGUGGCUUUUAGAAACACACUUUAACUCCUUGCUUCAAAGGGAGGAUGGGUUUUGGAAUCCGAAUCUGCAAAAGAAGCCAAAUAUCAGAGUUGUCGUAAAUGCUGAACUGCUGAAGGUCAAGUGUUAAUGUUGAUCUCCUUGGCUGAAUUUCCAGUACUCCUUUCUUGUUAAUUGCAGCAGUGCUUUGACUUGCUUAGAGGCAGGGAGGGGAUUGGGGGAGGUCUGAAGUACCUCCUCCCUUCAUAGCUGAUCUGUGAGGUUGAAUCCCUGCGUUGUUUCCAGGUAUUCAAGCAGUCCCUUGCUCAUGUAUCACAUGCACAUGGAUGGAGAGCGCUCUCAUCACCCAGAAAAGGGACUAAGAUGGAAAAACUUGGGCUUUUUGUCACCCUUAUCUCUAUCACCCUGAGCCCUUUCUUUUAUCUUCCUAACCUGCGCCAACCUGCGCAGCAUUCCGGGAUUCACAGACCUUCUUCCCAACAGCAUGUCAGGGGGAAGAUGGCCUCACCCUGGAUGCACUCGCAGGGCUGGGGCUGCCAGACCUUUUGCAUCUCAGGGAGUGGAAGAUUUCUGGGUGACCUGGGCACGUUUAGGUGGCACUUCCUUGCUGGCACCCCCCACUCCCAUCAUGGAACUGUGAGUCAGUGCUGUGCUUGUGCUGCAUGGAAAGGCAGUGUGGAUCCCCCGCCCUAUUGGGGUAAUCCUUUGGGGAGCCUAAAAGCCAAACUGCAGCAGAAAGCCUCAGUUGUCUGUAAAGCCUUCUGCUCUCGAGUGCUCUGCAUUUUCUUUGCCCCCAGACCUCAGUUUAACAGCACAGGCUUCAGCUGCCGGCUGUACAAACAGGACAGACGAGCAGCACCUUCUGCAUCGGUGCCUGUGCUAAACCCAGAUGGAAGCAGGGCGUGCAGUGCCAGGGGCUGCUGGAGGAGCCCACAGCUCAGCACCCCAAAGCAGCAGCGAUGGGAAGCAGGCACCCGGGCUGUAGAGCAUCCCCUGCGUGCUUCAGCCCUAAGGACCGAAUGUAGACUUGAAUGUGAAAUUCCCCUCCUAUGCCAAUGUUUUAUGAGCAGAUCGGGGUUCGUUGUGGCACAUGGCGGGAUGUUCUGUGUACACUGUGCCCACCUUGCUUACAUCGGGGCUGUACCUUCAUUUCUGCUGCUGUGCUCAGCUCGCCGUGGGCUCGGAUCCGGUUGUCCCGUGUUGCUUUGGUAACGUUUGAUUUUUAGCACUUUACCUGUGAGUGUACAGACUGGUUCUACUGUAGUGGGUGUACAUUUUCAUUUUAGACCUUUCCGAGUUUUUAAUAAAACCAUGUAAAAAUCCCGC